AUGCGCUUUCCGCUGCCUGUCGACACGUUCCCAGCGCUGAAGGUGUCCGAAGAGGACAAGCUGGAGAUCCGAAAGCUCGCUGAUAGCUACAUCCACGAAGCUCUGGAGCAGUACAUGGACUUCCGCAUCGGGGUGACGGCGUACCGAGAUUUGGGGACGACGGACUUAGCGUCGUCUCGACUCGCACCGAAGGAGAAAGUCGGCUCUGGCGCUGUGACAGCCUCGACCAAGCUGCAGGGCGUGCUGACAGUCGGCACAGUGGACGGCGAGUUCAACGACAUGGCCUUCGGACUGAGCAACGCCAGCACUGAGAUGCUCAAGAUCAAGUCGUCGUACACCAACGACAAAAUCGCGGACGCCAAGGUACUAGCUGCUGUCGUGGAGCCCACGCCGACGGAGCCUGUUCGCGGGACGUACAUCAAGUGGAGCGUGUCCACCGGCGCUCCGUUCAUACUGAGGAAACUCGUUCGACCGCGGGACUUCGUGUACCUGGAGUCCAUCGGCAUCCUGCAGACCGAGUCGGGCGAGCGUAUCGGCUACAGUUUGCUGCAUUCGCUGCAGAUUCCGACGAUCCGCGAGCUCUCGGGGUUCCAGAUCGUGCGCGCGAACGCGUCCAUCUGCGUGUUGUUCCGACAGAAGUCUCCGGGGAAGCUCGAGCUCUACGUGAAGGGCUUCGUGGACGCCAUGGGCAACGUCAGCUCUUGUUUAGCGCUCUCCGCGACUGCAGACGCGCUGCUGUCGUACGGGAAGGUCGUGCAUUGCGGACAGAUGAAGAAGCUCAACUGGCUGCUCAAGACCAAGAAGACGGUGAUACUGGACCGCAACAGCAGCGACUGCGUUGUGUGUAAGGAUACCGCCCACCGACCCAGAUGCUGCGACGUCUGCUUGAACACCGUAUGCGCUCGCUGCAGCGUCACCAAGAGGUUGAGCUUCCUGUCGCCAGCCUCACGCCGAGUUUCUAAGCGCAGCGUGUUGUUCUGCGUGUGCUGCUUGUUGGCAGCAUUGAAAGCCGACGCGCUGGAGAUCGCAGCCGAGGAGCUGGUGCGUCAAAACCCGUUCGACCUCUACGAGGCGUCCACGAGCACGCCCUCGUCCAGACUUGUGUCGCCGUCGAGCACCACGCCACCUGACGCCACCUCGGAGUUUUUCGGUUGA